AUGCUCAUUUCGCCUCGCUUUCUGCGCCUCCGGCCGCGCGUGCUUCUCUUCUCCAGUGUCGUCUUUGGCGUCAUUGUCUUUACUCUUUUUUCCAGGUCGAGCGGGCCCCGGUUUUUGGAUCAAGCGAGCAUUCGCCGGCAGUUUCCCCUGGCAUGGGAGCACAUUCAGCAGUUUAAUCAGCUCAAUCGCACUGCUGGCGGAGCUUGGUUCGUCCCGCCGUCGUGGCAAGGAGACCACCCCGAGCCGGAAAAUAUCCUCGACGCUGCCAAAAUUGCUUCAGAGGCUGCCAAACUCAGCCCCCAGCGACAAGUGCCCUUCUCCAACAUUCCUCUUGUUGUCCAUCAGAAGUGGAACGACGUCGAUUUGAGCCGUUUGAACAGCCAUCUUCUGGGUUACAUCGAACGAUGGCUCGAAUAUUCCGUUUCCGCAAAUGACACCUUUCGCGAGAUGGCGUAUUUCUUCUGGGCCGAUGACGGCGUUGCCUCCUUGGUGGAUAGAUACGAGCCUGAUUUUGUACAAGACUUUGAAACCAUGUUUUCAAGAGUGGAAAAGGUGGACAUUUUCAGGGUUUUGGUGUGCAAGUGGUUUGGUGGUAUUUACGGCGAUGUUGACACCGUACCGCUAAAGCACCCGGCCGACUGGAUUCAAAAGGAGGACAUUACGCAGUGGAUCGAUGAGGAAACUGGCAAGAUGUACGGCAAGAAACUGCCCACGGGUGAUGAUGCGGAUGCCAAGCUUGCGAAUACCAGACCCGUCAACCUCCUCUGGGGCCUCGAGGCGGACACGGACCCGAAUACCAAUCAAUACUGGCGCAUGGGCUACUCGCAUCCUGUUCAGCUGACAAAUUGGGCCAUGGCAUCUGCCCGGCAGCAUCCCAUUCUCCAUCGAUUCCUCGACCGUUUAAAGGACAAGCUGGUGACGGAGAAACAAGCUGCAUUGCAGGCCGACGAUGGCGAGAAACCCAAGGCCCACGAUCCGUUGACGCGUACGGGCCCGGCUGCCGUGACAGAAGCCACCAUUGCCUGGCUCCAGAAGCAAGUCGGGUUGCGGUGGAACGCAUUGACGGGCCUUAGAGAUGGGGGCCGGUCCAAGUUGGCGUCGGAUGUGCUUGUUUUGCCUAUUACUGGCUUUAGCCCCGGCCGUGGCAGUUUCGGCAACAUGGGCUCCAAACCAUAUACCGAUCCAGACGCUCGCCUUGCUCACCACGCCAUGGGAUCGUGGCACAAAUUCGAUGCCCGUGUCGAAUACGGCAAAUUUUGUCGCACGUUUUUCGGCAUGUGCAAGGACUGGAGCAAGAUGCCGUCAUGA